CCAGAAACAAAUAUUUCCCUCUCUCAGCAGGUGCCCACCUCUCUUCUUGUUUAAUCAGUUUCUGCGCUCACCAGUAUGAAUGAUUACUUUUAAUAUUCUUCAUAUCCCUACUUUUCAAAUCUCUCUCAUCUCUCUGCCAGCUUCUUUCAUAGUUAAAGGUACCAACCCCACAUCACCUUCUGUACAUACAUACUAUUGCCAUUCUGAUUCUGAUCACAGAUCCUUAAUUGCCCCAUAGAGAUAUAUAAGUUUCCAAAGCUACCACCUUUCUAGUCAAGACCUUUCUCAUUCUUUCUAGAUCAUCAUGGUGUUCUGCAUAUUAUUCAAAAUGAAAUAAGGAGGACAAAUGUUGGGUAGGGCCAGAGACUCAUAGCCAGCUAGUCUUCUGAAAUGACAUAAAGGUCGGUUGUUGCAGUGUAGCUAGGGAGAUCCAGAGGGAUUGGAUCUCCUAUAGCCUGCAGCAACAAUUUUAUCAAACACUUUGUACAUGGACACUGCCUUCCAGCUCGAUGAAGGCUCUCGCGCCAGUUUUCUUAGACUCAUCAUGCAGUCUUUUGGCUGCUUCUACAUCUGCUUAUGGUCCUAUAUGCCCCCUCCUUCUAACUGCUUAUUCUUUCUUGAUGGUGUCUAUGAUGAAGAAAAUCAACCAAGCUCUUCUUCUGGGAAUCAGGCUCGGAGGCUUUUUGAUGAGUAUCGGCAAUCAAUAUUCAAUGUCGUCGAAAAUGAAUGUGUUCCAGGAUUCGCUUUCAGGAAUAGUCUUCCGAAUCUCGAAUUGCAAGAAAUUGAACUACAAAGACUGGCAUCAAGCGGUGUACAGAGGCGAUUUUAUCAGGAAGCAAGGAUUAAGACUGCAGUUUUCAUGGGGUGCAAGAGUGGAGAGAUUGAGCUUGGCCUCUCAAAUGUGCCUCAAAUAAACAUAAAAAGGGAAAUGAUGAGAAACUGGUUGCCAGAAGCUUUCUCCAGACAAUUAUCACCACAUACAGCAGUUGCCAACAGGCCAAAUAAUCCUGAUCAGCAAAACCCACUUUCAUCCUCCUCCUCAUCUUUUAGAUCACUGUCCACCAUGGACAGCCCUGAAUAUUCCUCCCUCCUCUUCAACAUUCCAACCACCACCACUACUUCUUCUCACAUUAAUAUCCCAGAUGUCUUUACACAACCAGCUCCUAAUCCAUUGCAACCUAUUAAUAUUGUUACUUCAUUAGAACCAAUGCCACCCUUAAAUAUCAUUAGUAGUUCCAUUACUAGUCCUCAUCAACAAGCCUUGCGAGCAUUUUCUCGAAUACGAAACACCCAAUUCCCUGCCCCUGAGAUUGAAGAUGCCGCGAUGACAAGAGCCAUCCUUGCAGUUCUAUCUUCUUCUUCUCCUUCUUCUUCUUCUUCACAUCAGCCACCCCCACAAACUAAUGUUCCACCUUCUUCUUCUACUGCUCACUUUCUCACUCCAAAUACAAGUGCUUUCAAGACUUACAACUCCUCACCUUUAGCCCCAAGAACGCAGACGAGCGCUAAUGUACGCAAGCAAAUCAUGCUCAAGAGAUCCAUUUCCUUCUUGAGAAGUUUGAAUCUAAUGAGACUUCGCGAAGGUAUCCAAGCUACUCGCCCCACUAGCAGUCAGCUUCAUCACAUGAUAUCGGAGCGUAAAAGGCGUGAGAAGCUCAACGAAAGCUUUCAUACAUUGAAAUCACUGCUUCCUCCGGGAACCAAGAAAGACAAAGCAUCGGUGCUUACAACUGCAAGGGAGUACUUGACUAGUUUGAGAGCUCAAGUUGCUGAGCUUAGUAAAAGAAACCAACAGUUGGAGGCAAGGCUUCCUCCAGCUGCCAAAGAAGCUUAUAAUGAAGAAGCAGCAGCUGCAGCAGGCUCCUCAAAUGAAAGAGUUAGUGUUACGCUUACACGAGUAGUAUCCGAAUCAACCCCAGAUCAAGAUCAGCAAAUUUUUGACUUGCAAGUGGUUCUAAGAUCAGUAGAAUGCUGCACUGAAGAUAUGGUGAUUCGAAUAUUGGAAUUCUUGAAGCAGGUUAACAAUGUAAGCUUGAUGUCCAUGGAAGCCAAUACUUGGAUGUCAGGAUCUGAUUCUAACGUCAACCGCGUAAUCUUGAGAUUAAGAGUUGAUCAGGGGACCGAAUGGGACGAGGCUGCCUUCCAGGAAGCAGUGAGAAGGGUGGUUGCUGACUUGGCAUUGAAUAAUUGCCGCAAUCAAUGACUUCUCUCUACACGUUCCAAUAUACACAGCUAGGACUAGACUAGUCAAGAUUUUGAUAUAUGCAUGCAUGGAUGGAUGCCCCUUCUACUUUUGGCCAUGGAUGCCUUUAAAUUUUGACCCUAUCACAUCCGUCAAUCUCCACCGUUAGAUUAGACGACCGAACACAUCAUCACCGUCCAUUCCAUUCAUAUUUUGUGCCUCAUUUGUACAA